AUGUUGCGUCCAUCCGAUCGCGCAGCCUCUAAAAGCGGCACGUCUCGCUAUUCCAAGGCGUUGCCCGGGGUUCCUGGGAGCGACGAUUACGACGAAUUUGUCGACGACGACGACGACGACACCACCGACAACAAGACCGCCGGCAGGAUAUCCGGGAGCAAAAGCAGCGACCCUCCCCACAGUCGAACCAACAGCGCAUUCAGUCAUCCGGCGCGAACCUCGUCGCUCGCAUCGCCGCCGCCGCCGCCGAAAGAUCUUCCUCUCCCUCCGCUGCCGUUGAAAUUGCAGCAGAAGCUGGGCGACAGCGACGAAUCGAAUAAGAGCAGCGCCCAUAACAGUGUCGAGAGUCCGAUCCGCCAAGUCGCAGUCGCGGCGCCCUCACCCGUGUCCAGCGUCACGACCUCGGCGCCGAGUCUGCAAUCGCCGCCCUUGACUGGCCGGUCCAUGAUGGCGAUCCCGCGGAAACCAAUUGCGAACCUGAACCUGCAGCCGCCGUCGGCGGAAUUUCUGGGCCAGCCGUCGCCCACAUUCUCCCUGUCGAGCAUCCUGAUGGCGUACAUGGAAGAUGGCGACGAACCGCAGGCCGAGUCGCAGGGCAUCACAGGCACAGGCACAGGCACAGGCGCCGGUAGCGAGAGGCCGGCUGCUGCGCCUGCCAGCGCACCAUCUGUCAGUGUCAGAGGCAGCAGUGCCUCACUGCCUGCUCGCCCCAACGCCGGCAAGGACCGCAACACGCGCCCAGCUGAUCGAAACACCGCUCCUCCGCCACCGCUCAAGGACCGCCAACCUCUCCAGAAAACACCCGCUGCCACUCCUACUGCCACUCCUACUCCUACUCCCGCACCAGCGCCAGCAGCCUCGCCCGAAAAGCCGCUGCCGUCGAUCGACACGUCUGAGCUGGCCAGUCCGUCGUCACCCCGGCCCGAGAUCUGGAAGCGCCGUCCACAUAUGACCCAGGGCAGCAGGGAGGUCUCCGGUCUUAGGCUCGACUCUAGCCACGGAUCAACCGCGGACACGCAGCCCUCUUCGGAUGCAUCCUUUUCGAGGGCAGCGCCAGAGCCAACGGUGUCGACUGACAGAGCCGCAGCCCAGCGAGCACCCCCGUUUGCCGGCGGCUUGCCUGGCCGAAACGUUCGUCCUUCGCUGCGGCUCAAGGACCGGCCCGUCAUUGACGCAGCAGCCAUGGGGAACGAAAGUUCCAAGAUGAAGCAGAUCAAGGACAAAUUGGCGCAUCAGCGGUCUGACUCGGUCCUGUCCAACACUGCUGGAGCCAAGACUGGGCUUCCGAGCGCCCCAGUAGCCAAGAGGCCGCCGACCCCAGAGUAUCAGAAGGAGGAGGUCAAGGAGCCGGCUGUCGAGCCCUUCGUCUCUCCCGUGUCUCCCGCAUCGUCUCCCGAGGCGCCACGGGGCGCUUCUCCCGACUUUACAAAAGGACUCCCCCCUAAACCUUCCAACGGCGGCCAGCUUGUCACACUUCCCAGUGGACCGAGACCCAUAGUACGGAAGGCCCUGCCUUCACAGCCCAGCCAAGACCUCACAGCUGCCAAGAAUGCAUUCCGCCAGCAGCCGAAUGCCACCAGUGUCGGUGCGUCGAGCAGCCAAGCAUCUGCAGUCUCAGUACCACCUAAGGACGAUGCGGUUCCUGUAGCAGGCCCUACAGCAGCCCCUGCACCGGUCGCUCCUCUGAAAGAUGCUGCAACUGUCCGUUUGGUCACUUCCAGAGAUGCACCCGCGAUGCAGGCACAGCCUGCCAGAGAACGCACAGAUUCUCUCCAGACCGUGAAGCCCCAGCGGAGUAUGCCUCAGUCGAUAUCGGAACCUCGGAUGCCGCAGUCGGACGCACAAGGGCCUACCUACCGGGGCCGCGAUGGUACGGUGUAUGCCGAAAUGAAGACGGGCGGUGAGCCGAAUCCCAAGGCUGCAUAUUUCCCCAAACCAGCGCUCCCAGGCUUGAUGAGAGACGGCAUCGCCAAAGCAAGACCGCUGAGCGAUGCGCAUUUCAACUGCUUUCAACGACACAGGUCCAUGGCUCGACGGAGCAACAAGAACUGUCCACUUACGUGCCAGACGUGCGACAGGGCCGACCUCGAAGAUCGCUGGGUGUGUGCCUUUUGCCAUCUGCGGAUAUGCGAUUCCUGCCAUCGCAGGCUGGACGGUUAUCAACGAGAUCUCCGCCGUUUCGUCGAUGUGCUGGCCGCGGCUGGUACUCUAGCCGGCACGUCGUCAUCUCGCCCUGGUACCUCUUUGGGGGCGUAG